GCUGGGAAAAAGAGGGUUUGAGACUUUGACUAACUCGUACGGUCGUACCAAAACUAAUCUAUAUUGCAAAGGUAGUUGCAUAAAAUGAAACUACCUGGUCAUUUCAAUUUCCAAGUUGCAGCAUUGAGCCGGCCUGGCAAAUUUCAACAUAUUGGAAAUUUGAUCACCGUCACUGUAACUUCCCCGUAGCUUCCUUGUAUAAUUUGUCAAACAUUGGUGAUUAGCCACAAGAAUAACAUUUGUCAGAAGAAAUCAAUUUUGCCCGUCAUAAUCGACUCUCAGUAUGAUAACAACGUGUUGACCAUAACAGGCAAUGCAAAUGGACUUGUCUUCGCAGCCAACAAGAACGUCAAAAGCAAAGGGAGAUUUUUUUUAUGCUAAUGAACUGGGCAUCCAUACCAGGGGCUAAUUCGCUAUCUGCCUAUCUUGUAUACUAUUGGUGAGCUAAUUAAGAGUUAAGUCUAACUAAAAUAUCACGGGCUGGAUGAAAGCCAUUAACCAUCAAGCCCAAUUUCCCUCCAGUAGCUUACAUGAAUUCCUAUUAGUCAGCCCAACAGACAGGGUACUGGAUAUACAUAAAUGAAACCACUAAAAGAGAUAGCUUCUCAGUGAUGCUAUGCUAUGAGAACUCAAAGUGACAGAACUUGAGUUUUCAAUAUGAUUUCUUAAUUGAUGCAAAUUUGAACUUGCACCUUAUACUGUCCUCCAACGUAUCAUUAUAAGUAUAAUGGGUUACCUGAAGACCUCUACCCAGUCCUUUUCUAUCCCACCCAAUACACAGAGACAUGGUGCAUAUAGAGUUGGUCAGAGCUCUGGCUUAUAUGUUCUAUUGCUUAUGCUAAUUAUCUAGAUGGAGCCAGUAGUGGUAAUAAUAGUAGUAGAGAGCUUCAAUUUUCAACUGGAACCUUCAAGAAGGAACACUUGGCCUCUGCAAAAGCAAUUGUAGCUUAAAAACAGCACUAAGAACAAAGGGUUGGGAGAGGGAGUCAAAAAAAGGUUAAAAUCCUCUCUUCUGCUUGGACACCAAACACAUAAAGUGAGACAACAAAGAACAUAGACUUCACCCAAUAUCAAAAACCUCCUCCACAUGAUCAAAUAUUUCUCAACAGAAGUUUUAGUAUUAGAGAAAAAUAAAUCUGUUUAACUCAC